GAUCUGCACCGCGCGCGAUCUCCCGGAUGAGUACUACUCGAGCUUUGGGCCCCCGGCCACGAUUGCGCCGCAGCGCGUGUGGCGCCUCGAGGACAUGGGCGACUGCUACAUGGGCUCCCCUCCGAGUUGGCACCCGGUGGGUGUGUACGCCCUGAUCAAGGUGGCAGGCGCCAUCAUCCAGAACCGCGU